AUGCGACGAUGCAAUUACGGCGGCGAUCGCGCCGGAAAUGAUGGCCUCAAAUUGCUCCCGCCUUCAACUCAGACCGUUUCGUUUCUUUUUUUUUCAAGUCGCCAUUUUCGAAACGUCUUACUGAAUGCAAGAGGCAGCGAGCAACCACCAGCCACGCGAACUCAGUGCUGGGCGGUGUUGUCGUCGCUGACUUGGCGCUCAGGUGGCGCGGGCGUGCAAGGUAAAAGACUGAUCAGAGUCUCUCAUAUUCAGAGAUCAUGCUGGCUACAGUGUACAAUCGCGUUUACUGUGCCAAAAGGUUCGCUGAGAAACCGUUCAGAGGGUGGACCACACGAGCGGUAG